AUGGCGGCGCCAAACAGCUCUACUAUGAGUCUGCCUGCGGGCCCAGGUCUGCAGCGUCUCAAUUCUGACGAGUCAUUGCUGUUUUCCUACUCGUCACGCCCCAUUCCCUCCGACGAGCUCAUGGCCGCGAAGCCAGAGUAUUCCCGCAUAGUGUCACCAGCAGAGGCCCAACAAGAAGGAAGCCCGAAGCCGCCCCCGACGUUGGUGAGUGUGAAAGUCCUUAUUGACGAGUGCAAGAUUAUCACCCAGCACCAGGGCGAGAUGCUGCAGUUUAAGGCCGUCUUUUGCUUCCACUGGACGGAUGAGAGAUUCAAGAACUUCCCGCUCGACCAGCCGAUGCCUUCCGACGUGUGGCGACCUGAGAUUAUGAUGCAGGGGGAGAUUGCAUAUGAAGAAAGAAAUGAAGGAGACGACCCUGCCGACCUUCCACGACAAGGACAGACGCGAUGGCGUAUUGCAACUGGAACUCGAGUCCGAUUCCUGCACAGUAGAUCUCUUCCGCGAUGA